AUGCGCCGAACACAAACUGUUGAGACCCUGGGUUUUCCCGUUCUGACGGGCGGCGCGGAGCUGGGUGCGAGGCUCUGGCGGUACCGAGCGCUGCCGCCGUGCCCGUCACGUUCCGGGCCCCGGAGCGGAUCGCUCCCGCUCGGCCCGGGGACCGAGGGGCACCAAGGCUGGAACAGGCGGGGACCGAGCGGGGAUCGAGGGGGGGAACGAGACGGGACCGAAGGAGGGAGCGAGGCCCGGCCGGCUCCGCCGCCCCCGGGCCGGCCCCGCCCCGCCUGUCGGGUGCCGCGGUUGCCCGUCAUCUGGUGCAAGGCCUCAGGCCUGCUUCCUUCUAAGUUCCUGAAGGAGAAGUUUCUCAAUGUGAAGGAGGUGGCCAGCACUGGGGCGAGUUUUCUGCCCAAAAUUGGCCCAUUUCGACACAUGAGUGAGACUUGUCAAAAGAUUGUGUCUCCUGUGAAGGCACACAGGAGACCUGCUUGUGUCUCUGCACUGACAGCAGUGCAGCUGGAGAAGGCAGACAAAGCAGGGGAGAGUUUUCUCAAAUUGUUGCCAGUUCCUCCGAUAGAGAGCUUGCUCCAAGUUUCCCCACCAGAGAUGGUAUUUCAGAAAUUCAUCGCUCAUGAGGUCUCGGAAAUGGUACUGUCUCUCACAAACAAGGACAAGUUUACUCGGCUGGUGAAGGUCUACAUGGAGAGAUCACCUUAUUUUGAGCUGUUGUGCCCCAAUGAUGCAUACCGCAUCAUCCCACCAGGCACAUCUUCCCAUGUGCGCAUCCGCUUCACCCCCGACGAGACCAAGGAUUAUUCCCACGAACUCAUCUGUCUCACUGCAAGGGACAGGAUAGUUGUGCCUAUUCAGGCCAUUGCUGCCCAAGCUAUCCUGGACUUCCCUGACCAGCUGGACUUCUCACGGUGCCCAGUCAAGUACAGCAGCCAGAAGACUCUGCUGGUUCGCAAUGUUGGUAACGUGGAAGCUCAUUACCAGCUGAGCACCCAGAGUCCUUUCUGCGUGGUUCCAGACAGGGGAACUCUGGCCGCUGGUGACACCAUGCAGGUGACAGUGGGAUUUCACCCGCUGACGGUCGGUGACCAUUCCGGGUCCCUGGUAGUGUGCUGCAACACAGGUGAGUGUAUCUGCACAAACCUUCACGGAGAAGCUGUAGAUGUCAACGUUGGGUUGAGCGCCAAUUCCGUGAAGGUUGAGAACACUUUCAUCACCACAUCAAACUACACAACCGUGCUCAUCGAAAACAGGAGUAACAUCACAGCCCACUUCCAGUGGAAGACUUUUCCUACUGAGGAAGAUGAGAAUAAACUGAAGAGAAGGCAGUGCUAUUUUCUGCAGCCACUGACAGAGGUAUCGCUGGAAAACUUCAUUGAGGAGAAGAAUAUAGAGCAGGAGAAGGGCUAUUGUGAAGAUAAAACUGCCCUUGUGAGCCACACAGUCCAGGAGGAGAUGGCAAAGGUGAGAGAAGACCCCAUGCUGUUCUCCGAUGACAUUUUUUCCAUUGAACCAGUGGAGGGAGAAAUUGGGCCGAACUGUUGCACCAAAAUCAAGGUGACCUUUAAACCUGUAGAAGCACUGGAGUAUCGAAGUGUGGCUUACUGCAACAUCUCAGGCCGAGAGAGCAGGCUGCCCCUGCACCUCAUAGGGGAAGGCCAAGGACCCUUCGUUGAACUCAGCUCUCAUACACUGAACCUUGGGAACAUUUUUGUCAACACCCCCUACGUCUAUGAGGUGAAACUGAUUAACCAAGCACCUAUUGAUGCUCCCUUCACCUAUAUCUGUACAACUGCAAACGUGGGCUACUGCUUCAAGUUUGCACCUGAGGAGGGCAUCAUUGCACCAGGUGGGAUCCAGACCAUCCAGAUCUCCUUCAAUGCCACCGUACUGGGGAGGUUUGAGGAAGAAUUCCAGUUCAGUGUGGCUGGAUCUCCUACGCCUGCAAUCCUGACAAUCAAGGGACAUGUCUGUGAACCGACUGUACACUUCAACGUCGAUGAGCUCAACUUCGGUGACAUUUCCUUUGGCUUUCCGUACACCAUGACCUGUUGCCUCACUAACCCCUCCCCAGCAUCCCUGAGGUUCAAGCUCCGCAUGUCUGACGAUGGCACUCAGCCUGCUGUUAGUAGCUUUGAUCAAAUACAAAAGCAGAGUGACCCAUCCUGGAGGCAGGGAAUUCAUUUUUAUGUGGAGCCAAGGGAGUUUACAAUGAAUCCCAGCCAAGGGACCAUCGCUCCCCAGGGACACCAGGAUAUCAAGGUGACCCUGUGUUCCAACACCGUGAUGGAUUUCUGCCGGAGAAUGCUGGUGGACCUGGAGGGUAUUGGCAAUGGAGUGGCAUCAGUGACCAUCAUGGCCAGAUGUCUCGUUCCUGAGCUGCGAGUGUACCCUCACGUCCUGCUGUACGACGAGUGCCGCCUCAAGGUGCCCUACGAGAGGAAGUUCCUCGUUGUGAAUAACACCGACCUUCCUGGCUGCUACGGGCUUAUUCCCCAGAAACGCAAGGAGGACACUCCUGUGUUCUACUCCAGCCCCAAACCCUGUGGGAUUGUCCAGCCUCACAGCAUCGCAGAGAUUCCAGUUACAAUCGAAGUCCAAACAUUGGGCGAGCAUCGCACCAGUGUUCUUAUCAGCGUGUUUGGGGAUGAGAGAAACCCACGGGCCUGCAAACCCCACUGCUAUGUCAUUGAACCCAGAGAAGGAGUGAUCCCCGCUACGGGUGAUAUUCCUGUGACCAUCACAGCAACGUUGGAUGACACUGGGAUUUUUGCUGACACUAUUCAGCUUUUCAUUGGGAACAGCCUUUGGACCACCUUCAUGUUGCUGGCUGUGGGCACCGGCACCACAAUUGUCAUGGACAAACCAUUCGUCCCAGAGCUCAGCUUGGGACACCAGUUCAGGCUCGUUCCCUGUAUUUGUCGGUUCAAAGUAACAAACAGGGGCCACCAUUUCCAUCGGCUCUUCUGGAGUGUGGAAUGUCACAGCCCCCCUAAGAAGAAGGGCCAGAGCAUCCCAGCCCUCAGUAGCCCCCUGGCCGAAGAUGAUUGCCAGAGCCCCAAAGGCACCAGCCCCGUGUUUGGGCUGGAGCCACUGUCGAUGGAGCUGCAGCCGGGCGAGUCUGUGGACAUGGUGCUGCGAGGCUUCUCCCCCAUCGAGCAGUCAGCAAAGAAGGGCAGAGAAAUAACUUACACCAGCAGGACAGAGAAGAUAAUGGAAACCACCAUUACCUGCAAGUUUAUUGAUCCCUCCAUAGAAAUAUCAGCCAGACAAUUCUCUUUCUGGGUGGAGAAGAAACCCAGUGAUGAUGUCCUGACUCUGCAGUACAAGCCUUUGGCUUUAAAGAACACCUGCUUGCUGCCACUCGACCUUAUGCUGGACUUGGAGCAGCCGUUUCUGCUCUGCGAUGCGGACCAGCAGCCCCUCCCGGAUGGCCAGCCUGUGACAGUGGAUGUAGGACAGACCUGUCAUCUCUACAUUGCAUUUGACCCAUCUUAUAAACUGGAUUUUCAUAGCUGGAAGGAAGAGAAGGUUCUGAAGAUAAACAUGGUCAACGGCCAUCCUUAUGUGGAGUGUAUCACCCUUCAAGGAGAAGUCCACUUCCCCAAUCUCCAAAUCCAGCCCUGCACCCUGGAGUUUGGCUGCAUCCUGGCUGGCACUGCAGAAGGGCGUUCUCUGGAGAUAACCAACUGCAGCCCACGGCCUGUCCAGUACCACUGGUCAUUCCAUUCAGACGGCCAGGUGAACAGGCUGAGGUCCCUGUUCAUAGUUACAUUAUUUUCCAGGCAUGAGCGUUGCCCACCUAAGUUCAAACCCCAACCACCAAAGGAGAAGAGAACCUGCUUGGAUUACUCGGCAUCUCAAAGGAGACGCUUCAAGAUUAGAAAUGGGGAGGACCCAGCCACAGCCCUCAGAGAAUCGCACCUCCAGCUACAGCUGCAGUUUGCUCCAAGGUGCUCUUCUGCAUCCAUUUCCACACUGAACAUCUCAAUCGUUCCUGUCCUCCAGGUUUUCAGUAUCCUGCCGCAGUCGGGUGUGCUGCAGCCAGGAGAGAGACAGAAGGUCUCCUUCAGCUUCUUUGGCCACCUCAACACCAUCGCCAGUGUCACGGCGCUGUGCCAUGUAGAGGGAGGCCCCACCUACGAGGUGGAGCUGACCGGGGAGGCCUCAUGCAUCAGCUACUCCCUGAGCCUCCAGGAGAUCAACUGCGGCUUUCAGAUAUUUAAUGAAAUUCGUCACAGCACAGUCACCCUGGCGAACACUGGCAAGAUUAAAUUCAACUGGGUGCUAAAUCCUAGCACUGCAGAGCAACAUCUGCCUGGCGUGUUUCUGGUCAUCCCCCCCACUGGCUCCGUUGCACCUGGUGAGAAGCAAGUGCUGAAAUUCUCUUACAUGCCAGGAGUACCAGGAGCCUUCAGCAGGACUUUCCAGCUUAAAGUGGGUGACCUGGACCCAGAGAAUAUCUGCCUGAAAGGAGAAGCAUUCUUUCCUGUGAUCAGUGUGAACCUGCCCUGGAACAUCGAAGGAAAUGAAAAAUAUGAGAAGCUCAUAAAACCCCUGCAACAAUUCAGUCAGAGGAAUCAAUCAGUUGUUCAGAAGACUCAGAGUCCGAAGACUAAGGCCUUGAAGUUUCAGACUCCAAAGACUCAGACCCUGAAGACUCAGAACCUGAAGCCCCACGCACCUGGCUUUGGCACUGUACCAAACACUGAGCUGCAGAUAGAGACGGUGAUGAUGCUGAUAGAGGAGGCUGCCCUGGAGCUGCAGGAAAAGCUCCCAUCCCAUCCCCCAUACAGCAGGUUCCCUGACAAAAAGAUGCGCCAGAGUCUUGUCAAAGUUGAGCUGCCUGAAUAUGUGCUGGACAUGGGCACUGUACGUAAGGGUUACACUGAGAGACGCACUCUGGUGAUCACCAACCCUGGGCAGAUCCCAGUGUCCUUCCAGGUCGAUGUAUCUGCCCUGCAGGACACAGGUUUCAGAGUGAAUCUGGACCAGAUGCAGGGUCUGCCUCACAGACACACCAUAAUGUUUGAGGUGUGCUUUGAAAGCACCCGCCGGCCAUGGGGUGAUGUGGAUGUGCUGCUGCCCAUAGAGGUGGCAAAAGGCCCCACGUAUAACAUCCACCUCCAUGCCACUGUGUUGGGACUGUCGCUCAACCUCUCCAAGAACAUGCUGCAGUUCUCUGAUACCCUCGUUGGGCAGUGCCAGAUUGAGACAGUCCAGCUCUACAACUGGUUCCAAAUACCCUGCAAGUGGUUCAUUACUGCCAUCAAGCCUGUCAGGAAGGACAAUCAACGCAAACGCAUUACACCAGCCAUGCGUCAGAAGCAGCAGGUGCUGGAGGAUGAGCCCUGUCCCUUUGAAGUGACGCCCUCCAAAGGAACCCUCAAUCCAGGAAGGUGGCAGAACUUACAAAUCCAGUUUGCACCCAAGCAGGAGAGGUCUUACAAGAAUGAGCUGAAGCUUAACAUUUGUGGAAGCAGCAAUCACUUAAAGCUGCACCUCUCAGGACAAGGUCUAGAGCCACGGUUGGAGUUUAGCCCCCCAGCACUCAAGAUGGGAUGGGUGCUGGUGGACAGUGAUGGGGUGGAUGCCACAUUGGUGGUGAAGAACCCAUGCAACUUCCCUGUUGAGUUUUACUCACUGGAUUUUGAUGAGCAGUACCUUGAGGAAGAGAAGAUCCUGUGGAUGGCAGCAGGGUCUGAGUACCAAAAGAACUUUCUAAUGCCUCCACGCACCGUGGGUGGGAUGCUGCCCCCAGAGGUGCUGGAGGACUGUGAAGCACAGAAGAGGCCGAAGGCUCAACAGGCAGAGCUCAAGGCCAUGGCAGAGGCCAAGGACAUGGCUGAGGCCAUAGACAAGGCAGCACCAGCAUAUCAUGGGGCUGUCACACCCUCUCCUGAGCCCAUGGUGGAAGUGACUGGGAGCCCUAUCUCUCAGGCUGUCAUGCGCCACCUGGGCAUCGACCCAUCUUCAGAGAGUUGUGAAGCACAGCAGGACAGAGGGAUUGUUGUUAUUGUCCAUGGGCCACCCCGGGCAGGUUCUUCCAAGGCCUGUCCCUGUAAUGCCUCGUAUGCAAGUGUCACCAAGCAGUCCUCCUCUCUCUCAGGAAAGACAGAGAUAGUGGUGGCCCUGUGUCACUAUUAUGACACUGCUCACUUGUCCAUUGACACCAUGGUGAAAGAGGCCAUCGCCAAUGAUCAGAGCCAAGCAGGGCGCCGCGCCUGGGAGCUUUGCACCAAGGCUGCCAUGGAGCUGAAAGGCGAAGACCAAGAUGAUGCUGGUAAAAAGCCUCUGCUUACUGCUCAGAGCAAGAACAAACAAGCCUCUGGAGAAAAAAACAACAUGAAGAAGAAGAAUCCCAAAGGCAAGAACCCUGCAGCACAAAAGAAGGAGCCAGCCAGCAAACCCAACAAAAAGGACACCAAGCAGCUGAACAUCAUCAGCAGUCAUGGGGAAGAGCUGAACUGCUUGAGCUGUGUGCUGCCCGAGGACCUGCUGGUGGACAUCCUCUGUGAGAGGCUGAAGCAUGAAGACUGCUCCAAGGGAGUGGUCUUUGAUGGCUUGGAGAGCCUCUUCACAAGCAGCCUGGAAUCUUCUCUGCUCUGUGUAUUCAAAGCUGUCAACAAUCGUCAUCAUAUCUACAUGGUGAACCUGCAUCAGGAUUAUGCUUCCUGGAAAGCCAAGGAGGAAGCUGAAAGAGAGAAGGAAGAAUGGCAGAGGAAAAAACCUAUUCAGAGGAGCACAGAAUAUGUCUUGCAAAUGGAUGAGGAUGAGGAUGAUGCCCUUCCUGAGAAGAAAGCUCUAGUGGACAAAAUAAUACCAGAAAGGAAGUGUAUACAGAGAGAGAGGGAGCUGAAGCGGCUGGCUCAAAUGCUUGAGGAGGAACCUUCAGCUGAAAACAAGCUUCACAAGACCAUAAAGCCUCAGGAGAAGGUGGAGAAGAAGCCUGAACAAAAAGGUGGAGGCCAAAGGAGUCUUCAGUCAUCUCAGCUGGAGACACAAAGUGAAGUUGCAGAAGGGACAGUCAGAGAUGAGCAUGUCGGGGUGUGGUGCUUGGACAUCCAGGUCACAGAUCCAAAGGCCAUGAUUAGGGAGAUCCUGAGGGAUGGGAGGAUGCCAACAAAAGAUAAGAUGCUGAGACAUCUGGGACUGCAUCCCGAAGGGCCUCCCCUGCCCCCUGCUGCUGUCUUCUCCAUAGUCAACUACCCAGAGGAGUGGUUGGGUUCUGCAGAGUGUGUGAAGCCCUUCACCAUUGUUGCACCGGAAGGUGCUGCUAUGGAAGACAAUCAGGCCAAGGCCCCAGAUGCCAAGGGCAGUUCUGCCGAGGGCCAACCAAAGACACAUAAAGCAGCCAGCAGAGACAACUCUCCAAAGGAGAACCAGAUCUCCACACACAGAACAGAAAGUCCCCAGGAUUCCUCUGCAACCAGAUCCAAAAGUGUGCUGAAAAGAGCCUCAACCCCCACAGAAUUCCACAGGCUGAAACGGUACCGAUGGAUAGUGCCUGACCACGGUGAGGUGGAACUGAAGGUCCACUUCUCCACCAAAAGGCCAGGGAAGUUUGAGCACACACUGAGGUUUGAGCUCGUGGAGACAAAGCGCCAGUACGAGCUGCCCUGCAGUGGCACGGGCGUGUACCCCAGCAUCAGCCAGAACCCGCGGCUGGUGUUUCCACAGUGGAGGGAGACCAUGGAGGCAGAUGAAAUCAUCUUCAAGGAAUAUGUUGAGAGCACAAAGCAAUUCCACUUUGGACCUCUGCUGUGUGGGAAAUCAAGAGAGUGGUACAAGGCCCGGAACUGUCCCGGCAACUCAGAGAAUUUAACCAUCCUCAACAACUCCCCUGUGGAUGCAGAGGUCCAGUUCUCCUUUGAGAAUGAUGGGAAAGCAGUGACAUUCCUUUUGGACCCUCCCAGCAUGACACUCAAACCAAAGGAGAAGCAGGAGCUGACCAUUUGGGCAUACCCCACUUCCCCUGGCUUCCUGGAAGACAAACUCAUCUGCUGCAUUGAGAAGAACCCAGACCCAGUGGUUUUCAGCCUGUGCUGCCAUGGGGUGCACGUGAUGCUGGAGGUCAGCCCCCUGGAGCUGUCUUUUGACAAGCUGCUUCUGCACAGGACUGACAGCAGGACCUUGGUCCUGAAAAACAACACCCUACUGCCCAUGGCCUGGCAGCUCACUGGGCUGGAUGACCUUGUUGAGGCCUUCUCCUUGUCACAAGAUAACGGCAUCAUUGAUCCCCACUCAGAGUUUGAAGUGACCCUGAAUUUCAAGGCCGAGCAGAUUGGCAGCAUUAAGAAGACCCUGCGACUAGAGGUUUCAGAUACAGGAAACAUCCUGGGGAUUGUUCAGGCUGAAGACAUUGAGAUCUCUGCAGAGGUCUGUGAUGUUUCUCUGAGUAUCGACAUGCCUGAAGGUCCAGAUGGAAGCUUGGAAUUUGGAACCAUUCAUGUCCUGGAAAAUGUGAAGAAAGUCCUGAGUCUAAAGAACAAAGGGAUGUACAACAUUGAGUACCGUUUUGUGCUGAAGAAUGCAGGUCCCAGGAUGCAAGAUUUGGCAUCCCACUUCACUAUUGAGCCUCAGUCGGGCAUGCUGAUUGCCUCCCAGCCUGGUGUGAAUGUUGAGAUGCUCUUCCACCCCACAAGGGAAAUGGUCGUCAAGAACAAACCCAUCCUGUACUGCCAGGUGACAGAUGCCAGCUCAGGGGAAGGAAGCCAGACUGUUGCCACCAUCCCAGUGAGGGUGUCGGCAAAAGCUGUGUACAGCAAGUACAGUAUUGAGCCUGCCUCACCCAUCAACUUUGGGGCCAUGCUCAAGGGCACCAAGAAGACCCAGACUGUCGUGCUAGAGAACAGAGGCAUGCUCAACUUCAAAUUCCACAUCCUCCAAGCACCCGAGGAUGCAUCUGCAUUGGAAAGCAAAAGCUCAAAGCAAGAGGAAUCCUCUCCAUCAGGAACAAAGCUGAAAUCAAGCUCCUUGACACAGGGUUACCUCAGUCUUGGCAUGUUCACGGUGUCCCCCUGCUCCGGCUCUGUUGCUCCAUGGGGCCAGCAGAAGAUCACAGUGGAAUGCCUCGCAGGGCAGGAGGGGACAUGUGAGGAGCAGCUCUACAUUGACAUCAUGGGCAGAGACCCCAAGGACAAUCCCGUGGGCAUUCCCUUUACCCUGGUUGCCGAAUCCUGCCUCCCAGCACUUGUUGAGGAUGCCAUGUUAACCUUUGAGGAGUACCCGAUCUGCAGCAGCACCAACCUCAGCUGCAAGCUGCGGUCAGUCAAAGGCACGGGUCUGUUUGUCAGAGAAGAGAACAAAUUUGUCUUCACCAAGGUUCUGGUUGGGCAAGAGGCUGAAGCUCAUUUCAGUGUCUACAAUACAAGUGGUCUGCCAUGUGACGUGGUCCUCUCCAACAAACCCCUGCCUGGAAAGGAAAAAAGCCCUAUCAAUAACAUUUUCAAGUUGUAUCCUGACAUGAUGUCCAUUCCUGGCUCAUCCAAUGCCGUUGCUACGGUGACCUUCACCCCACCAGAGAAGCAGAACUACAGCUGUACUUUCAAGGCUUCCCUUGUCAUCCCAAAAAGCUCUGUGCAAAUUAAGCCCCAAACCCUGACCUUCACCAUCAGUGGGAAGGGGCAUGAGCCACAGGUGACAGUCGUGUGCCCAAGUGCUCGCAGCAAGAGGGGAAAUGCUGUGCUGCGCUUCAAGAGACUCCGGGUGGGGGAUUCAGAGAUGCUCCCCCUGGUCAUCCAUAACAAUGGCAUCGUACCUGUCAAGUUUAUGUUACACCUGGAGGAUGAGCACGGAGCGUUCUUCUUGAAAGGCAGGGGCUCCACACUCGAGAGAUUCUACACUGAAGAUGUGGAAGAGGACUGCGUUGGAAAUGAGAGCAAGCCCCCAGAGAAGCCUUUCUUCUUUCUGCAUCAUGGGCAAUCAACAAAUAUUGACGUCAUUUUCAAACCCACCUUGACUCAACAUCUGGAAGGGAAGAUUUGUGUGUUACUGGAAGACAUCUACUCUAAGAAGACCCUAAUAGAGCUGGUGGGUGAAGGCCACAAGGAUGAAUUCACCCUUGAUGGACUAGAGGAAGACACAGAUGAGAGGAGAGCUAAGCGCAGUCUGAAGAAAGACAUUAUUGAUGCUGUCAGAUUGAAUCACAUCCAGUUUGGGGACUGUCCUGUCGGGAGGCCCUACCGCAGGACCUUCACCAUCACCAACCAUACCAGUAUGAAGGUCAUGCGCUUUGAGUGGGAGGCAGACGCCACAUUCCAGUUCUCCCCCAAGAUGGGACACCUCCAUCCUGGCUAUGCCAAGGACAUCACAGUCACCUUGAAAUCAGAUGUUCCAGCCACCUUCAGGAGGCACCCUGUGAAAUGUAAGGUGAUCAAGACCAACUCUGAGCUACCACAAAGGAUGGUUCAGGAUUGGGAGGACCGAAUGUGCAUUGUCACAAUGGAGGAUACCACCAGGAAGGACAUGUCAGCCAGCUGGCCUGAGAAAGAGAAGAUGGUCCAGACAGCCCCAGAACCAGAACCGGCACCGGCUUACACUGUGGAUGAGAGCAUCCAGGAGGCCAAGGUGUACCUCAGUGCUGUUGUUGGCUACACUGAGUUCAAACGGAACCUGAUAGUGGUUCAGCUCAAGGAUACCUUGCCCAACCAGACAAGGAAAGACAUUUUCAGGAUACACAACACAGGAAAUAUAGCCCUGGAAUACAGCUGGAUGGAAGCUGCAGAUAGUAAAGCAGUGAAGAAACCAUACUCAACCACUCUGAUGCAUGACAUCAAAGGCCUGCCACUGUUCUACAUCAACCCCUGCCACGGCAUCAUCCCUCCUGGCCAAAAGCAGAUCUUUCACAUGCUGUUCUCCCCAAAGCACGCGGGGAAGUUUAGGACCACCAUACUCUUCAGGACUCAUAAGCUGAAGCCGGCUCUGAAGAAGGUAGAGGUGAUUGUGAAAGGCAGAGCCCAGGAGCAGGAGAGUCUUGAUAAACCAAAACGCUCUGCGUUACGGCAGACAGACAAAGGCCAAGGACCCAAGAAGCAGGUGCACUGGAAACUAACACCUGAGUGA